UUAUUUUGAUAACAAAAUUGUGUGACUAUAUUCAUAUUUAUAUCUGACGCAAACGUUGUCUUUCAGGAAAGGUUGGGUUAAUUUGUACUUCAAACUGAAUGUUAGGUUAUAUACAAUCGUAGAUGUUUAACCUCAUUACAUUUUCGGGUCAUUUUUGACCCAAUCCCAUUUUUAUUUCUUUUUAAUACUGUCAUAUAUGUUUAUACUUUUUCUAUCUAACCAUAUUCUUAGUCUUUCAGGAAUGUUUAUCUUUUUGAGAAAUUUAUAAACUGUUAAUAAUGUCUCUUUUGUUAUUAUUAUUUCAAAUAUACAACUGAACUGAGGGCCGUAGCAAAGUUAAAUGAAAUUAAAUAAAUGAGUAUUAACAUGUUAUAACUUAGGUUAACAAAUAAUUUAUUAAAAUGGAGGAUGUAGAAGUAAUAGAACAUUUUUUUGGAGUAUAUUUAUUGUAUUGUAUGAAUCCCAAGUAUAAAGGAAGAACAUACAUAGGAUACACAGUUAAUCCUUGUCGAAGACUUAAACAACAUAAUGGUGGUAUAGAUGUUGGAGGAGCUAGGAAAACAAACAAUAAAGGACCAUGGAACAUGAUAUUGAUUGUUCAUGGGUUUCCAAACAGUACAUCUGCACUCAGGGUAGGUUUACUUGUUCUUUUUGAAUGGGCUUGGCAACAUCCUCAUAUUAGUCGACGUCUAAGGCAUUUGCCUCAGAAACGGUCACAACAAAAAACGUUUAAAUUUUGUUUAACAGUUUUAACAGAAAUGUUAAAAGUUGGACCAUGGUGUCGAUUACCUUUGAUAAUACGUUGGUUAGACUAUGAAUUUUUUAAAGAAUAUUCCACUUAUAUUUCAGCUCCAAUGCAUAUGCCUGUAUGCUGUGGAAAAGUAAUUUCUCAAAAGAUAAAAAAGUCACAAAAUAAUAUUGAUAAUGAAACGGAAAUUUUAGAUGAUUUUACUAUAUUUUGUUCUAUAUGUGGUUUAUUUGUAGAACAGAGGCAGCUACUUCAUUGUAUAAAACCUAGUUGUCUGCUAGUAGCUCAUUUAAUUUGCUUAGCAAAUUUGUUUUGCAAAGAUAAUAUGAUUAUACCAAUUGAAGGUACUUGUCCAAUCUGUGCUAGUAACGUUUUAUGGGGUGACCUGAUUAGGAAAAAAAUUGGUUGUUAUGAAGAUUUGCAAGAAUGCACUAUUGAUGACAACAACACAUAAAUUCAGUUAUACUAAAAGACAUAAAUUAGAUAUUUUUUAAAUGUAUACAGAAAUGAUAAAGCUAGACAAUUAUGUGAUAUAGCACAUUAUUGAGGUGUUUAAUAUUAUUUUUUAAUUUUUAAAAUAUAUUGUACAUGUAUUGCAUGGAUUUAAAAUGUGUACUCUAAGUCAAUGCAAUGUUUUUUGUAAGUACCAUUAACUUUGUACAAAUAGAUAAUAUUUUAUACUAAAAAUUGUUAUUUCCCAAUGUAUUUCGUAUCUUUUUAUUAUUUCGUAUGAU